AUGACUUACGUACGAGGUGUCUACAGCCAACAAAAUUGGUCCCCAACAGACUAUCCGCUCCUCACUUCCAACUAUGACUACAAGGUCCGCGAUGUCUUCGUUGAAGCAACGCUGACAGAGACUUAUCAAGCCCGGGCCAGAGGACCUCAGGAGGUCUCGUACAUGUUUGAGAUACCGCCCGAAGCUUCAGUCAUUAAAUUUUCUGCCCAAGUUGGAGAUAUCAUAGUUCAGGCUAUUGUUGAUGAAAAAGAAGAGGCCCAAAGAAAGUACCAAGAAGCUAAGAAGGCAAAUGAUAAGGCUUGGCUACUUGAUAAAAUCAAUGAUGAAGUGCUCCAAAUCACGUUAGGAAAUGUCUCGCCUGACUCGUUGAUCAUAACUCGUGUUACAUAUGUUCACGUCAUCUCGACCAAUAAUUUAGAAGAUUCUGUUCGUCUUACGAUCCCUGCCGGAUUUGCUGCUCGCCCUGGAAGCAAUCCCAAUCCUAUCAGCAUCCAACCCGCAGCGCCGGCAGGGACCGACCCGGUGAUCACCAUCACCGUUGGUAUCGAGGUCCAGCAGACUUCCGAGGUCCAAUCACUUGAUUGCAUCUCGCAUAAAGUAACGAUUGUUCCAGGUUUCUCCGACAAUUCGUUCAGUACCAUGAACCCUGUUCAGAAACAGCAGAAUCGCCGAUACUGGAAAUCCUACGUCGCUUUCUCCAGCAGCCGACGCUUGAACAAUCACUUUGUUCUCGUUUGGACUGUUCCGCUGAUUGACCAACCACGUUGUAAUGUUGAGCGACUUGAUAAUCCAGUAAAGGACACACCUGAAACUCUAGCUUUUGCUCUCACAAUGGUGUCCAAUGUGAAGCUGCCUCUGGAAGAGCAUGAAUAUAUAUUUCUCAUCGACACAAGUGGAAGCAUGGCUGGAUCUCGCAUAGAAACUGCCAACAGGGUUGUCAAGACAAUGUUGACACAACUCCCGAGGCAGAAAAAGUCAACAUUCAACAUCUAUACAUUCUCCACCACGGCGCAGUCCAUCGUUAGCGGCCAGAGAAGCCUCCACUACGAUACGUCUGAAGUCGCCAACGCAACCAGCAAGCUGAGCGUAAAUGUCUCAGGCGGCACAGACAUUAAAGCUGCUUUGGAUACAGUCUUUAAGCAACGCGACGUUUCUAAGCCUCGCUGCUCUGUCAUCGUCAUCACCGACGGGCUGGACUGGGGUGUGGCAGCAGCCCUGCAGACCGUUCAGGCCAAUGUGGAAGCAGCCGAGGCGCAGUCUAAGCUCUUACGGGUGUUCGUUAUGGGCCUCGGAGACCAAGUUUCAAGAGGCAUGUGUGAAGCACUGGCGCGAGCUGGUGCUGGAGCAACAGCCUACAUAAGCGAGGGACAGCUUGACAAUCAAUACGACAAUCAAGAUCUCAAAGCUGAAACUCUGAUCAAUGCCAUAAAUUAUGCUCCAAUCCGAGUUAUCUCGGUUGACUGGGGGGUGAAACCUAACAAACCUGCUGUAGUCCGUGCCGAUGACGGCAACAAUUUACAGGUACUCAGCAGUCGCCCUCAGCCAAAUAGAGAACAACUCGGGGCAGCAGACAAAGGCGAUAAUCUGCCCCCACCAUUGGCGAUCCAGCAGGCCCCUUUACCGGGAACUAUGUUUUGGGCUUUUCGAAGCUCUUGGUAUGCCAUCAUCAACGGUACCAUUAGAGACCGCAAAGUCAAGAUCUCGUAUCAAAUCCGCGGCUCUGAAAGUUCUACAGAGGUCUUUCAGAUGAGUUAUGAGAACGAAAUCAGCGGGCACCUAAUCCACAGUCUGGCGGCAAAAGCCCUCAUUCAAACACUGGAAGACAAGGCCCAUUCCAUCAAAGAUGCGAAAUCUGACGAGAGCUACUAUAACAAAUGCGAGAUUGUCAGGCUUGGAAAGAUGUACAGUUUGUCAAGUACACAGACUUCUUUCAUCGCCACAUCGAAUGGCAUUGGCAUUCGCACCAAUGUUGUUAGUAAUGCUCCCCCCGGUGCUCGGAGUCUCUUGUCAAGUUUACCUGUCAACAACACCUCUGGCGUAAGCGAGCAGAAUGUAGAGUUACUUCAUACAUCGCCUCCUCAAUCAGUUUCCGCAACAGGCAGGUCUAUUGUGGCUUCUACGCCUACCAGCAAAGGUUCUGUUGAUACUGUGACAACCCUGGCCCCUACGGCAGGCUCGACGUCUACCUUGACCACAAACACGGCAACGCCGGAGAUCCUACAGGGACCAUUCCGCGCGUUGGCGUUGAGCCUCACUGCAGGCCUUUCUAACAGCACAUCUACUCCCAGCGCUGAACAAGAAGCCGAUAGUGUCCUAGAGAUGAUCGCUCUUCAAGACAGCAAUGGCGCGUUUAAUCCAAACAGAGUCGAAGAUCUUGUGUUCGCAAGCACUGCCAUCCCUGCUAUUCCAGCUUUCCUCUCAAUUCUUAACGGCAGCGGUAAUGUCAAGGAGCAAGUCUGGGUUACCAUUUGCGUAAUUGCUUUCCUCCAGAAAAAGCACGCCCAACGCAGCAGUGACUGGUCUGCCGCUAUAUCCAAAGCCGAGGAAUUUGUGAAGACAACUCUUUGUAAUGUCUUCAGUCUCGAUUCUCAUCAGGCGGAGGGUAUUUUUAUCAAGAGUCUCAGGAAUGCGGAAGCGCACUUUUAUUGA